CGUUUGCAGUUUCUAACCGGAUAACGACACAUUUCAACACUCCUCUGUUUUCACUUCUAUCAAGCCACACACUAUGCAUGUUCUUCUCCUUCACAAACCCUAACAAUGGAAGCCGAAGAUCCUCGAAACGGCGACGUUUCUCAUCACCUCCCAAAGAAACCCCGACUCACUGAGUUCAUAACCGAAUCCGAAAUCCGAGACGAGUUUUCUCACCACGACCCGAACGUAGCCCGAAUCAACAACGGCAGUUUCGGUAGCUGCCCUAAAUCAGUCCUCGCCGACCAGAGAAUCUGGCAGUUAAAGUUUCUUCAGCAACCUGAUGAAUUCUAUUUCAAAACUCUCCGCAAAGGUAUACUCCACUCACAGACGGUUAUUAAGAACCUCAUCAAUGCCGAUGACGUGGAGGAAAUCUCCCUGAUUGACAACGCCACCACCGCUGCCGCUAUUGUUCUUCAGCAAAUCGGCCGGUUAUUUUCCGACGGUAAAUUUCAAAGAGGCGACACUGUUGUGAUGCUUCACUGCGCUUACGAAGCUGUUAAGAAAUCUAUUCAGGCAUACGUCACGCGAGCUGGCGGUUCGGUUGUUGAAAUUUGCCUUCCAUUUCCGGUUAAUUCGAGUGAGGAGAUUAUCGCGGAGUUUCGGAAAGGAUUGCUGGAAGGUAAAUCUAAUGGUAAAAAAGUUAGAUUAGCUAUAAUUGAUCAUAUUACUUCAAUGCCUUGUGUUGUUACUCAUGUUAAGGAAUUAGUUAAGCUUUGUAGAGAAGAAGGUGUUGAUCAAGUUUUCGUUGAUGUUGCUCAUGCUUUAGGUAGUGUUAAGGUAGAUGUUAAAGAGAUUGGAGCUGAUUUUUAUGUUAGUAAUUUGCAUAAGUGGUUUUUUUGUCCGCCGUCGGUUGCGUUCUUAUAUUGUAGGAAAAAUAAUGUUUUGAUUUCGAGUUUGCACCAUCCUGUGGUGUCACAUGAGUAUGGAAACGGGCUGCCUAUAGAGAGCUCCUGGAUUGGUACUAGAGAUUAUAGUUCUCAGCUGGUUGUACCGUCUGCUUUAGAGUUUGUGAAUCGGUUUAAAGGUGGAGUUGAUGGGAUUAUUAAGAGGAAUCAUGAGAAGGUUGUGGAAAUGGGGAAAAUGUUGGCUGAGUCGUGGGGCACGAGUAUUGGAGCUUCACCAGAGAUGUGUGCUGGCAUGGUUAUGAUUAGUUUGCCUUCGAGAUUGCAUGUUAAAUCUCAAGAUGAUGCUUUGAGAUUAAGAUCGUGCUUGCGUGACGAUUAUGGAGUUGAGGUUCCUAUUCAUUAUCAGGCCGUGAAAGAUGGUGAAUAUGGGGUGAAGGAUAAGGAUGGCUUUAUAACUGCCUAUGCAAGAAUUUCUUUUCAGGUUUAUAAUACACUUGACGAUUAUUUCAGGCUUAGGGACGCCAUAAAUCAGCUUCUUGAGGAUCCACAGAUAUCUGAAAAGCUUUUUACAGGAUGAAGAGGUGUUGAAAGCUGCGGAAUGCAUAAUUACAAAGUUGCCUAGCUUGAAAUUUGAGUAACUUCUCAGAAGGAUAGAGGACAAGCAUUUCAUCCGAUCGGAGUUUCAAUUUUAGAAAGUGUUGACGCUAACUUUUUAAGAAUAGCACACCACUCAAUUUUAGUUUAAAGUAGUAAAAUAACUAUAGGUAGUAUGGAGAUUUGACAGAAGUAGAUGAGAUGCACUGCUCUAUCAAGCAAUAACUAUCGCUUGGGCAUGAGUCUACUUGGACUUGCCAAGCCGGAUAAUCCCACAUCAUAUGGUUAUGAUCUGAGGACUCGAGCUGUAUGAUCUAUGUCAGUUUUGCUUCAUGAGGUAAUGAUAGGCAUCUGGGGCCUAUACGUGAUAGGAUCUUGGGGACUGAGGUGAGACAGAUCGUAUUAUUUAAUAUCAUAAGCAACUGAUUGCAUCAGUUAGAAGAUUCAGGAUUUCUGUAACUUUGUUCAUGUUUUUCAGCCGUAUAAAACAAUCAUCUUGGUGGAUUCCUCUGUUCCCGUUCUUUUGCUGACGCAUUAUCCCCUAGCUUUUCUUUUAUGUGGUGGCUGUUCUAUGAAAUCCAUCUGAGUUUCAGCAUUCUUCGGAUUACGUAGCUUUAUGCUCUUUUUUUCAGGAACAUGUUUUUCGUUUAUUUGAAUGCGU